CGCCCAUGUUGGCCGGUGCGGCGGAGCGGCGGACGGCGGCAGCAUGGCUGUUGAGAAACGCCCCACGUGCGGCACCCGGUCUCAGCUAGAGCUGGAGAUGGACGCGGAUAAGGGCAAGCAACGCCAGUACUCGCAGAGCCAAGGCGAGACAGAGAGGGCUGCCAAGGUAGAGGCGUUCCCUAGAGAACUGUAGCUUGACUUAGCGGCAGUUGGGUAGGAAGUUGCUGUAGUGAGCUCGUGCCCACCCGUGCCAUCAUCUACCUCCCAUCACUCUGGAGCCUCCUCGACGCGUCUCCCCAGGCAGCUGCGGCCACCUGGCUCCUGAGGCCAGCCUGAUGGCGGAGCCUCGCUUCAACAACCCCUACUUCUGGCCGCCCCCCCCCACCAUGCCCAGCCAGCUGGACAACCUGGUCCUCAUCAACAAGAUCAAGGAGCAGUUGAUGGCGGAGAAGAUCCGGCCCCCUCACUUGCCCCCCACGUCGGUGGCGUCGCAGCAGCCGCUGCUGGUGCCACCAUCCCCCGGUGACAGCAGCCAGGCCAUCAUGUCCCUGCCCAAGCUGCAGCAGGUCCCUGGGCUGCACCCGCAGGCCGUGCCCCAACCCGACGUGGCCCUGCACGCGCGGCCGGCCACCAGCACCGUCACAGGGUUGGGGCUGGCAUCCCGUGCGCCCGCCGUCAGCACCUCGGAAUCCAGCACGGGGACCGGCACCACCACGCCAUCGACCCCAACAUCCACCAGCCAGAGCCGCCUCAUCGCCUCCUCGCCCACCCUAAUCUCAGGAAUCACCAGCCCCCCCCUCCUCGACUCCAUAAAGACAAUCCAGGGCCACGGUUUGCUCGGGGCACCCAAGACAGAGCGGGGUCGGAAGAAGAUCAAGGCGGAGAAUCCCUCGGGACCGCCGGUGCUGGUGGUGCCCUAUCCCAUCCUGGCCUCGGGGGAGACCGCCAAAGAGGGGAAGACGUACAGGUGUAAGGUCUGCCCCUUGACGUUCUUCACCAAGUCGGAGAUGCAGAUCCACUCCAAGUCGCACACCGAGGCCAAGCCCCACAAGUGCCCCCAUUGCUCCAAGUCCUUCGCCAACGCCUCCUACCUGGCCCAGCACCUGCGCAUCCACCUGGGCGUCAAACCCUACCACUGCUCCUACUGCGAGAAGUCCUUCCGGCAGCUCUCCCACCUCCAGCAGCACACCCGCAUCCACACGGGUGACAGACCCUACAAGUGCCCCCAUCCCGGCUGCGAGAAGGCCUUCACACAGCUCUCCAACCUCCAGUCCCACCAGCGCCAGCACAACAAGGACAAACCCUACAAGUGCCCCAACUGCUACCGGGCCUACACGGACUCGGCCUCGCUGCAGAUCCACCUCUCGGCUCACGCCAUCAAACACGCCAAGGCCUAUUGCUGCAGCAUGUGCGGCCGCGCGUACACCUCGGAGACCUACCUGAUGAAGCACAUGUCCAAGCACACGGUGGUGGAGCACCUCGUCAGCCAGCACUCCCCGCAGAGAACGGAGUCCCCCGGCAUUCCCGUACGGAUCUCCCUCAUCUAGCAGGGAUCGGAGCAAACCAUAG